AUGUAUCGGCCAGAAGAGUAUGACGAGGUUGUGUCGGCGGAAAUACCAGAUCAGAAGGACAAUCCUCACUUGUAUAAGAUGGUUGUCAAGCACAUGCUUCAUGGCCCGUGUGGUACACUAAACCCUGAUAAUGUUUGUAUGGAAAAAGAAUGGCGAAAUAAUGGAGUAGCGGUCAAAGGUAGGAAAGCUACACUUGAUAAUCGAUGGGUGAUACCAUACAAUGCCUACUUGCUAGCAAAGUUUGAUUGUCAUAUCAAUGUGGAAAUAUGCGCGACAAUAAAGGUAGUCAAGUAUAUAUAUAAGUACAUAUAUAAAGGUUAUGAUAGAAUACAUUUUGCUGUGUCAUCGAAUAAUGGUUCCACAUUGAUAGAUGAAAUAGACCAAUACCAGUCAGGCAGAUGGGUGUCGGCUCCAGAAGCAGCUUGGAGGCUUUACAGGUUCUCUAUUAGUGAGAUAAAACCUGUUGUUAUACAUUUACAACUGCAUUUAGAGAAUCAUCAACCAUUGACUUUUAAAAAGGACAGGUUGAACAAUGUGCUGAAGAAUCCAGUCCAAAGAAAAACCAUGCUUACUGAAUUCUUUUUUAUGAAUAGGACUGAUGAGUUGGCCCAAAGCUUGAACCUGACUUACUCUGAGUUUCCGGAUCAUUUUGUUUGGCUGCAAGACCAAAAGUUUUGGAAACAUAGAGGCCUAGGUGAUUCAGUAGGCCGCAUAGUUGCUUCUCAUUCAAGUGAAGGUGAAAGGUAUUACUUGAGGAUACUAUUGUCAAAAGUUCGUUGUCCUAAGUCCUUCAGUGAUUUGAAAAUGUGUAACGGCCAUCAAGUUGGCACUUUUAGGGAAGCGGCCCUAUUACGUGGUUAUUUGGUAGAUGAUAAUAGUCAGCAAUUAUGUUUACAAGAGGCCUCUGCUUUCCACUUUCCCUAUGAACUUAGAAGACUUUUUGCCACUCUUCUGGUUUAUACAUGUCCAUACAUGUCCCAACAACCCUCGAGAUCUGUGGUUAGCUUAUGA